AUGUCCUUCUCUUUCGGAAACACCCAAAACCAAAACCAGAACCAACCCCAAGCGUUUGGAUCAGGUUCAACAUCAGCACCAAACACCAUCAAACCUUUCUCAUUCACCACACCCAACCCACAAUCCUCCGCAUCUCCAUUCGGAGUCAAAAUCGAUAAUCCAGCUCCAGCAUCUUCUUUCAGCUUUGGAACCUCUCAAAAUCAAAAUCAGACUCAGAACCAACAGUCCAAUACAGGUUUCGGAUCCACACAGAACCAAUCUACCGGAGGGUUCAAUUUCGGUACAAAUAAUCAGAAUGCUCAACCUCAACAAGGGAUAUUCGGAUCUAACACGGCACAACAAGGUCAACAGAAUAAUACGUUUGGUUUUAAACCUCUUGGAAAUCUCGGUGCGAGUCAGAAUCAAGGGAAUACGUUCGGGAGUCAGAAUCAAGCUCAACAAGGAGGGUUUGGAUCCAUCAAUCAACCAUCUCAACAACAUGGCGGGUUUGGUUCUUCACAACCAUUUCAGUCUCAACAGCAACAACAACAACCUCAGCAGCAGCAGCCGCAGCCGCAAAACGGUUUUGGUACUGCGGGUAACGCGCUGGGUCAGAGCAUAAUAGGACCACGUCAGGAAUUGGGGAUAGAAGAGAGAAUGUUGGCCGUUCAAAGAGCUUGGGAUGUGACUUCUCCAGAUUGUCGUUUUCAGUACUUUUUCUACAAUGUCGUCGAUCCAGGAACAGCACCUCAAUAUGGUCGACCAGCUGGCGCUACAGAUGACCAGAAAUGGGCUAGGGCGAUGAGAGAUAACCCAGACCCGCAAAACAUGGUCCCCGUCUUAGCAACCGGAUGGGCCGACGUGAAGAAAAGGGUACAAAUGCAAGAACAAGUCGCCAGUGUGCAUCAACAAAAGCUCAAAGAAAUAUCAGCCGCCCUUGCGAAUUUAACUCGACAAGCAUCUCUAUCAUCUUCGAUCCGUCUUCAAACCCUUCAGACUUCUCUCAAAUCUCUUCAGUCCCGUCUGAUCCAUCUCGCCGCUCAAUCUCCCCAGUUCAUCCCUGCUCUACAUUCGACACCUUUCAGACCUGAAGAAACUAUCAUCCGCUCUACCCUCGAAAACGUCCAAGCUGAACUGGACGGGCGAUCCACUCUCUCUUCCGUUCCAGGAACCCCUGGGACACCUCGAUCUGUGGGUCUUCGCUCAGAAGCUUUGGGGGGAAAGAAAGGUAAACGUCGUAUGAUAGGAGAGGUUAAUGAGCUGUGGGGUCUGUUGGACGAAGUGCGUCGACAAAGAAAGUUGAGACAGAUUGGAGGCGGGGCGGAAUGGACCAAAGAUGAGAAGUCUUUGGCGCAACUUGCAGAGGUGUUAGGGGCGCAACAAACGGCGUUGGCGAAGUUGUCUGGGUUAGUGGGGGAUGCCCUUUUCGAUGCGGAUGUGAUCAAGGGAGGGUUAGAGAGGGUUCGUAAUGAUGAGAGAAUGGCGUAG